CAGCUCAUCCCACGACUAAAAACCUGAGAUGUCACCCCAACUCUCCCCCUCCGCGCACGUUAGACAAUACCCCUUCGACCCAUUUAACGCGGGAAACACGUAAACCACCUGAAAACCAUCAAAUGCGAGUCUCACUCUGUCUCUCCUCACCCAACCGUUUUCUCCAAUCUUGUCAUCGACCCAAUUCUCCGAACCCGUCAAUGGCAUCAGGGUCGAGUUCUCUGAUGUGGUUCCGGAAAGGGCUUCGAAUCCACGACAACCCGGCUCUGCAGCACGCAGCUAAGGAGUCGAAUUGCGUGUACCCUGUGUUUGUGAUAGACCCCUAUUUCAUGGAGCCUGACCCGAAUGCAUUCUCUCCGGGGUCGUCGCGGGCUGGCCUGAACCGAAUCCGGUUCUUACUGGAGAGUUUGGUGGAUCUUGAUUCUAGUCUCCGGCAGCUGGGUUCGCGCUUGUUGGUUCUGAAGGGAGACCCCGGCGAGGUUAUAAUUCGGUGUUUGAAGGAGUGGGAGGUGAAAAGGCUUUGCUUUGAGUAUGACACAGACCCGUACUACCAAGCUUUAGACAUUAAAGUUAAGAAUUAUGCUUCUGCUGCUGGAAUUGAGGUUUUCUCUCCUGUGAGUCAUACUCUCUUCGAUUCUGCAGAAAUCAUACAAAAGAAUGGGGGAAGGCCACCAUUGAGUUAUCAAUCAUUUUUGAAGCUUGCCGGGCAACCCUCAUGGGCAUCAUCCCCACUCUUAACCACACUUUCCUGGCUUCCACCAGUAGGAGAUGUUGGAACUUGUGAAAUUUCAAAUGUUCCAACUGUUAAAGAACUUGGCUAUGAAGAGAUUGGACAGGAUGAAUCGACUCCUUUCAAAGGUGGUGAAUCAGAAGCAUUGAAGAGAUUGAGAGAGUCAAUUCGUGACAAGGAAUGGGUGGCCAACUUUGAGAAACCAAAGGGCGACCCAUCUGCAUUUCUGAAACCGGCUACAACUGUUCUAUCACCUUAUCUGAAAUUUGGUUGUCUAUCUUCCAGAUACUUUUAUCAGUGCCUUACAGAUGUUUACAAGAAUAUGAAAUGGCACACAUCACCACCAGUUUCACUUGUUGGACAGUUGUUAUGGCGAGAUUUCUUCUACACCGUGGGUUUUGGUACUCCUAAUUUUGAUCGCAUGAAGGGCAACAGAAUAUGCAAGCAGAUACCUUGGAAUGAUGAUGAUGAACUGCUGGCAGCAUGGAGAGAAGCCAGGACAGGAUAUCCUUGGAUUGAUGCUAUCAUGGUCCAGCUGAGGAAGUGGGGUUGGAUGCACCAUCUUGCACGGCAUUGUGUUGCAUGUUUUCUAACUCGUGGGGACCUGUUCGUUCAUUGGGAAAAAGGACGAGAUGUUUUUGAGAGGCUCCUGAUUGAUUCAGAUUGGGCGAUUAAUAAUGGGAACUGGCUAUGGCUAUCAUGCUCCUCAUUUUUCUACCAGUAUAAUCGUAUCUACUCCCCAAUCUCUUUUGGAAAGAAAUAUGACCCCAAUGGUAAUUAUAUAAGGCAUUUUCUCCCCAUCCUGAAAGAUAUGCCAAAGGAGUAUAUUUAUGAGCCGUGGACAGCUCCACCAAGCAUCCAAGCCAAAGCGAAGUGCAUAAUUGGAAAAGAUUAUCCAAAACCAGUGGUUUGCCAUGAUUCUGCAAUCAAAGAGUGCAAGAGAAAGUUGGCAGAAGCCUAUGCAUUGAACAAAAGGUUAGACGGCUCGGUGACCGAAGAAGAUCUGAAAAAGUUGAGGAGAAAAUUGGAGGAAGAUGAGAACCCAGAAUCCAACACUAGCAGGACAAGACAAAAGUUAAUUGGCUGAACUCCUGGUUAUUGUUUUCUCAGCUGGCAAGCCUGACACAAUGCGGGACGGACUAUGACAUGCACCAUCGCUGGGGUGGGAACAAUGGGUAAUAACCAUCUGACUUACGAACUUAGCAACAGACUCAAGGUAUCUUCUCUUCAUGAGAAACCCUCACUUGACUCAGUUGUCCAUUUUGUUAUGAAAAUGCUCUCUAUGUGGUAUAUACAGAGCCCUGUGUCACUAAGAACAGUUGUUUAGCAUCAAUUUUAUGGUUUUUGGGAUUUGGUUAGUGUAGAUUCAGUGAACAGCUAAAAGAAAAUUCAGUGUUUGCAUCA